ACUUUCAUGAUUCUAAUUCGGCUUUGUUUUUGUAGGGAAAAACUUCCAUAUUCAGUGGUCGACGGCGAAGUACACAAUUGACCAACGUGACCCUGGUCUCCGAGAUAGAUCUCACCCAGGAGGAAUCACACUCACCUCCUAGCCCAUUAGAGUCAUCGCGUUAUUCGCUGCAGCCAGUACCUCGGAUUCCCUCGUUCAAGUUUAAUCCAGGCCAAUCUUUCUCAAACCCAUUCAAAGAGGAGAAUACCCCUUCAGAAAAACCUCGUGCAGUUUCUCUUGACUUGGGGACCCAACUCAAGCCUGUGUUUGAGGAAGAGCCCUCUAUCUUUAGGCAGGGCAGUAGCAGUUCUCUAAGAAGGGCAAUGAUGCAAUUUGAGGUAGCUGCCGUCGAUCCUGCUGACUCUGGAGAUUUACAUUCACCCCCCAGCCAUUCUUCUGGGAGGCAGGUCUCAUAUUCAACGGUCAAUGAUAAAGGUAAAGAAGUUGAAAAUCUCCCUAGAAAUGGGAACGCUCUACAGAGCAAUGGUUUUGUCGCGUCUCGAAGUUUUCAACCUAGUACGAUGGUAAAACCAGAACCAUUAAACAGACAACUGAGCGGACCUGAUACAAAUAUUGGCACAUCCCUAAGUGCAGUCUCAAGCUUGUCAAAUGAUGAUAACUAUAAGCUCUCACUUGACAUAUCAGAGCCGCUUUCGAAGAGACCAUCCAGUCUUGUGCCUCGAGAAAUCUCAAUCGGCUCCCCAGGAGGUACAAAGCAAACAAACUUUCAGUCAACGGCCAGGGGCUCAUCGUUAGAAGUGCCUCGAAAGUUGGCGGUGGUGUCCUCAACUCUACCAGCACCAAACCCUCCCGGGAAUAACCAGCACAGCUCCCCUCGCAUUCAUCACAUUUCGCGUUUUUAUCAAAGCAAAGAUUCAACUAAUGAACCGAACUUAAACUUUGCAUUUGAGAAAACAAUCCCGGUUGAUAAUAGUGCUCGCAGCCCUGUGUCACCUCCAUUGCCUGAAACAGAAAAUGCGCCAACUAGUGAUAGUAAUAGAAGAUUUUCUUCGUCUUCGCAGGUUUCGGAUAUAUCUGAAGAUGACAUGGACCGCAUUCGAGAGAAGUUCGACGAGGAUGGCCUCUAUACUAAGUUCAGAGACCCUUCGCCAACUGGUUCCAAAGUCUCCGCUUUAUCUGAAGAUGAAGACGAUGAUGUGGAUGCUGCUCUGGAAGAAAAGCUAGCCGAAGUUGGCUACCAUGAAGACCCUCAAAAAGAUCUGCCCACACAGCCAGCGCGCCGUGCUCAAGCUCCCCGCCGACAAUCACAGCCCAUAUCAGUUGUCAGGAUAUCACGUUUUCCCCAGGACCGACGCAUCUCACAAAGUGCGGAGAGUAAUAAAAGGCUUUCAAGACAUUCGAGAUUCUCAUUUGAAAGUGACCGCCAUGCUAUUGCCGAAGCCAUGCUUGUCACCGGUUAUAGGAAACCGAUAUUGAUAGAUUCAUCACAGGAGCAGGAAGUCUCGACUCAGAUCCCAGUGACAUUAGGAGAAGAGGCACCAGACGAACCGCCCCCGCCGUUUGAAAACCCUGCGGCACCGUACUCGGCAGAUAAUAAGGAGGUGAAUGAGAAUGAGACAACGCCUACGUACGAUCCUAGACGUGAUUCACAAGCUGACACCCGUCGUCCAUCUGCGUCUACAACCCUACCGCAAUACCAACCCAUCGAAUCACUCUCACCAAACCACGAGCCUACAUGGAGGAAAAGCCAAUUGCCUGAGCCGCAGACUCACCGUGAUUCCCACCGUUCAUCUGUUUCUUCCUUAAGCAAUACAGUUGCCAAUACCCAAGGACCUCGAACUACAAUUUCACCCGAGCCACAGCCUUCGCAAUCUUCUAACCAAGUUUCUUUCAACUCAAAUAUACAAAAGUCAAAAGCCAAGGAUGCAAUCAAUGCUGUCAGUCGGCUUGGCAAGUCGCGGUGGACCGAUGGUCGCCUUGCUGCGGGUGCCCAUUCACGCCCUCUUUCGGGUGAUAGUGGCCCACCUACUGGCAGUAGCAACUUUUUUGGGCCUGGACGACGCGAAGAAGACAGCCUAGGAAGUGGCGAUAGUAUGGCGGUUCAAGCUGCCCUCUCACGACAUGACCUACGCAUGGACCCUUCCCCUCUAAACCAGGAGAGUGAAACAGCCUCGGCUACAUCAGGUAAAUCUUUCAAGCUUUCAGUACCUUUCAAGAACAGGAUAAAAUUCGUUGGGAAGAGGGCUCGAGGCUCUUCGAUCGACGCUCCUUCGGUUGACAGCAACGCUGAGAGCAAGAUGUCUCUUGACAUGUCUAAGGAUUCCGAGAAAAACCCUGAAGCGAAGAGAGGCGCUUUUUCGAAGAUCACUGGUAUGUUCAAUCGCUCGAGUUUGGGUCAACCGGUGGAAGGAAAACACCGGGUUUCACAAGAUGCCCCGUCCGUCAAUUCUCAACAUCGUGAAAACCAGCGGGCAGCCCACCGUGCAAAUACAUGGACUGUUCCAGCUCCCCAUCAAUAUGCCCAGCAACAACCUUCUUCUUAUCCGUCUUCUCAACAGCAACCGCAGCCUGCAACGCUCACUAGCCACAACAAAGGGUUACCUCCUCCGCCCAGUGGGUAUUAUGCCCCUCAGCCCUCACCACCUACAGAAAGUCUCCAUGGUCAUUCAAGUCAGGGAUAUUCCUAUCAUCCUGAUAAUAUUGGAACAUAUCGGCCAUACCCUGAAAACCAUUACCCCAUCAAAUCACCACAUUCCGUUUACUCACCAGAGCAACGCAAUUCCGGCUCCAGCCAUUCGUAUUCUGUCGGUUCCCCUAUGAGUGGCAUACCAUCAACACCAUGGCAAAAGCCAUCGUCUCCGGAGCCAUUGGAACGCGGUCGAAGCCGAGCACAGGACCUGCGACUGCGUUCUCGUAGCCCGGUUUCACAAACAGUCAGCAGGAGAACAGUCGACCGAUUCGACGGGAAUGUAAAUUAUUCAGACCCGAUUUAUAACUUGGGCAAAUUCAAUGCAGUGACUGAGACAUCUCGUAUUGGUGAUCAGUCAACCCCUUUUCCAAUCACUUUACCUGAGGGAAUGGAAAAAGAUCCACUAUCUCCUCGAAAUUCCAUACAACCAGAGCCUAUGGCUUACAACCGAAAAACUUCGAAUGCGGGUUUGGGACUACUCCAAUCAAGGACUACAGUUCACUCGAUAGCGGCGGCCACAGCAGUGGCUAACGUUGCUCGCGAAGCGGUAUCAAAUAACCCACCAGCUUUGUCGAUUCCAGAAGAGUCGAAACCAACAUUUUUAUCCAAUAGUCACUCCGAAGCUUCUCGGUACCAUCCUACCGAUGGCCAAGCUCCAGAAAGCACGCCGUACUAUGACGAUAGAUCAGUUAUCGCAAAGAACAGCGUUCCCGUCGAAUUGCCCGUUCCUAGGGAUGACGAUUCUGAAGAGAUCGUCAUGUCAAGCACGGCAUAUCCAGGACAGGAAUGGCAGCCAUCUGGAUAUGAAAACUGGAUGAUGCCUUAUUGAUUAUUAUCAACUUCUUUAUACAUGCAUAUAAUUUCUAUAAUACCCCUUUCCUUCAUUAUACUGGUUAUACAUGAUGGAUCUGCAAUUUUGAACUUGUACUUAUUUUUUCUCUAUCGCUAUUACGAGCGUACAAGCGGACUGUCAACAGGAUACCCAUUUUUGCUCUACUUCUCAUCUAUUCAGAUGUCACCUAUUCUUUAUGAUACCUCUUCUCGGUUGUUUUUGCAAGACAAAAACUGGUUUUUUAUCUAUGUAAUGCUGUUUCAACACUUACCAUUUUUCUUUAUAUAUUACAAUCGGACAUACGUGUAUUAAUGCAGCAUCAAUCUUAGAGACGAUUCCCCAUAGAUAUGUAGCUUUCAGUCGC